UCUCCUGCUUCCGUUUGCUGCAGAUGUGGCCUUUCCUCCUUCUGGCCUCCGUGGUCCCGCCGUACAACGCUUGGUCUCUUCGUCCCCGGGGUCUGUUGGCAACACGGCCGCUCUGCAGCCACCGCAGCCCCUCCACCCCCAGAUCCGUUUGCCUCUGGGGCAAGACCCCGCCCCCGGAGAGAGGCUCCCGUGCCCCCUCGCUACGCCAGAGGUCCCCGAUUCCCAAAGGGGCUGAACGACGCGGGGCAGCCCGACUGAGGCGCCAGGCCCAGGCGAGUCGGCCUGCCACGCCCUCAGGGCUGGAGGAUGGCCCGUCCUCCUCACAGUACCCCUGGGCCAUCGUCUGGGGCCCCACGAUAUCGGUCGAGGACGGAGGGGAUCCGAAUUCAGCCAACCCGGGCCUCCCGCCGCUGGGUUACACUUUUGUUUCCUCCAGCGGCAUGGCGACGGCGCAACCAAAUUCGCACUCGCUGCUGCAGAACGAAGGGCUUAACUUGCGCCAGACGCCAGCCACGCUUAGGCCCUUCCUCUUUGGGCCCCCAGGAGAAGGGGUGGACCCUCAGCUGUACGUCACCAUCACGAUCUCCGUCAUUAUCGUCCUACUUGCCAUGGCGAUCAUACUCAAAUUCUGCUGGGACCGGAACCAGAAGCGCCGGCGUCACUCGAGCCAGCAAAGCAGACUGCAGCAACAGGGUAGCCAGCAGCCGCUGACGGAUCUGUCGCCCACCGCGGUCAGUAUCUUGGGGUCCUACGGAGACUCGCAGACUCCCCCGCCAGAGAUGACCGAGACCGGGCAGGUCCUGGAAGGCCUGGACAAGCUAGAGGGGAUCGGGAAGACCAGUGCCUUCCAGCUCAACAGGAUCCCACUGGUGAACCUGUAGCGGCACUGGAAGCAGCGGGUCAGGUUCCUUUGCAGGCUGACCAACCGCCAAGAUUGUGGGUGACCCCCAAGAACUGGCAGCCCGUCUUUGGCCCCCAGCAUCCUGCGAGCGUGGUACCGCUGCCCCUGACACAGCAGAAGCAUUGUAGAUCCCUUUGUGUCUUGACCUUCCAUUGCAGACCCAGCCCAACCAAGGUUGCGGUCAGGCGCCUGCCGAGCUGGGCUUCACAGCGGUCCCUUGCUGU